AUGCAGCCAGUAGCGCACGGAGUGAGCUGAGGAAUUCAACAGGUACCUAUAGGCAUUUCUGAGCUCUGAGUCUUCAAGGGUGGAUGUACUGCCUGUAAGAAAAGCAAGAACAGCCAGCACUCCUUUUUUUGUGAUGGGUGGAAUUAAAUAAAGGCUCUCUGGAUUGGAAAACUCUGCAAUAAUCUUACUGCUUUUUGGAUUAUUGCACCUGAGAGGUAUUUUGACCAGAAGAGGAUUUAAAGACAAACAAAAAGUACCCCUCAUUCAGCAGCAGUAUUCUCCCCAUCAUGAAGAGGUCUCUCCCUUUCCUGGGCUGGGUCAGAGCAGCAAGCUUGUUCCUAUGUUUGACCCAGACUGUCCUUGCCAUGGCCGUCACCAACUCCACACAACUGGAGUCCAUCCUGGACAAGUACAAGGACAAGGACGAGGGGUGGUGGAGGGCCAGGUCAAGAAGGAGGAGAGCCAUCAGCGAGGGAGACAUGCACCUGAUCCUGAACCUGCACAACAAGCUGCGUGGUGAGGUCCACCCUCCUGCUUCCAACAUGGAGUACAUGGUAUGGGAUUAUGAGUUGGAGAGGAGCGCAGAGCACUGGGCUCAUACCUGUCGAUGGGAACAUGGACCGAGCCACAUGUUGACACAAAUAGGCCAAAACCUUGGAGCGCACUGGGGCAGGGACCGCCCCCCUACCUUCCAUGUCCAGGCGUGGUAUGAUGAAGUGAGGCACUACAGCUACCCCUACUCCCAAGAGUGCAACCCGCACUGCCCCUUCAGGUGUUCGGGACCUGUUUGCACUCACUACACUCAGUUGGUGUGGGCGACGAGUAACCGCAUCGGCUGUGCCAUCAACGUGUGUUACAACAUGAAUGUGUGGGGAAUGAUCUGGGCCAAAGCUGUCUAUCUGGUCUGCAACUACUCUCCACCGGGCAACUGGUGGGGUCACGCUCCGUACAAAUAUGGAGCCCCCUGUUCAGCCUGUCCUUCCAGCUAUGGUGGAGGCUGCAGGGACAACCUCUGCUACAAAGACGGUGGCGUUGAGAGGCGUCCAGCUCCUGAGCUCGAGGAGACCAACUACAUUGAACCUGAACCAGAACCAGUGAGGGACAGGGAGCCCCAGCCCCGAGCACAGACACCAGAGCCCUCCUCUAAUGACAACGUGGAGAGGAACCAGGUCGUCAGCACAGAACAAAUGAGUCAACAGGUGGAGUGUGAGACUAAACUGAGAGAUCAGUGCAAAGGAACCACCUGUAACAGAUACGAGUGUCCACCGGGCUGCCUUGACAGACCUGGUAAAGUAGUCGGGACAAGCCAUUAUGACAUGCAAUCCAGUGUGUGUGGAGUUGCUUUACACUCAGGUGUGAUCGACAACGAUGGAGGAUGGCUGGAUGUCACCAGACUGGGCAGAAAACAGCAAUUUACCAAGUCCUACAAGAAUGGUAUUCAGUCACUGGGGAAGAACAGGAGUGCAAACUCCUUCAAAGUAGAUACAGUACCUGUAAAGGCAGUGACAUGUGAUACCACAGUGGCUCUGUUCUGCCCCUUCAAGAAACCUGUACGACACUGUCCCAGGCUUUAUUGUCCGAGGAACUGUAUACAGGACAGUCGAGUACGGGUCAUCGGGACGAAAUACUACUCAGAUAAAUCCAGCAUCUGUCGAGCCGCCAUUCAUGCAGGAGUGAUUCAGACUGAGUCUGGAGGGUACCUGGAUGUGAUGCCUGCGGACCGAAGAAGGCAGUACAUUGGCAGUUACCAGAAUGGCAUCACUUCAGAGAGCCUGCUGAACCCGACAGCUGGAAAGGCCUUCAGAGUGUUUGCAGUCAUCUGAAAAAAAAAGGCUCCCAAAGGACAAAACCCUUGAACGUGUCCUCCUCACAUCUUAUAAACCUGCUCAUUAUCAUCUUACAACCCGUAAUUACAUUUAUUGCUCCAGUAAAAAAGCUUAAGACACUUAAAGUGUAACAUGACUUCACUCAAGGCUUGCCCCCCAGGUUUGGUCAUGAUGUAGUAAGAGUCUAACAUUAGCAGAAAUGCUCAGUGAAUGAGACUCUUGGAUGUAGUUUGUCUAUGUCUUCUCCAAAUAUAAAUAUCUGAAGCUGACAGUAAUGUUUGCUUUGGGCUGCCAUGCAUCUGUGACUGACAUACCAUGACAUCAUGCUUUUUAAUACUGAGUACAGAUCAACGACCCCCAUAACGCCGUAUGUAUGACCAAACUGGACAUAAAAGUGAAUCAAAAAUAACUUGAUAGAAAGCGCUCCCUCAAACCUGCUUUUAACCUAAUCUGUCUUAUUUUUAGAGGUCUGUAAAAGGAUCUUGUGUAAUGUCUUUAUGAUGUCAUUUAUUAGAUCAUGGUUAAAGCCUGAAGGUGCAUUUUUGAAACCUUUGCAGUCAAGCAGCAGCUGCUUCAUUUGGAUUUAAUUGUACAUCUCAAGAACCAUUAUCCUGAAGCACCAAGAGCUUCUGAAAAGUAAGCACCAAAAAGCAUCAGCCGCCUCUACUUCCCUCAUUCAACAAAGCUGAGAAAUGUAGCAGCAACCACCCAAAGGUAAACCAGCAUUUCAGCAUGAUGGGAGAUAUGAGAGUCCACAAGCAGAUGCUGUACUUGGAUUGAUGUCAGUAUAGAUAUUAGCAUCGCCCAAAUGAGUUGAACAUAUUGGCAUAUCAUAUACUGGCAAAAACUUGAAUACUUAAUCCCUAAUUUCUCCAGUGUGAUUCAUUCCUGUUAAAUCCAGCUCCAUCCUCCAUCUGUACCUCACUUUUUUCUCUCAUGGUAAAGUAUCCUAAGCAGCACCACAGGCAAUGAAACACUGAUUGUAUAUUUCUGUACAUAAAAUGUAAAUAAUAUUGAACUCUGUGCUAUGAAAUGUUUGCUAAUGUUGCCUUUUUUCAUUAAAACCCUGCCAGCCGACAAAAUCAAACCAGCAAUAAGAAGUUAGAUGUUUAAACAGAUUCUGCAUGCAAACGUAUAUUUAUUACUCACGCUUUUAUUUUAAGUAAGGACAAGUUUCACCGUAAAUUCAGUGUAUUCAUAUGUUUGUACAUAUUGUUUAUGUAACAUAUUGUCAUAUUUUAUGCUGCAUUUCUUUUAUUAAAAGAUUUGUAUGAAUGGACCCUGGCUGGCCAGGAAAGUGCACGUCAGAGUCACAAUAAAAAAUACUUGGAGAUGAAA